CACAACUAAGUAGUUACUGAGUUCGCCCACGACACGUGGUAAUUUGUGGGCGGGGCUAUUGAAUCAUCAAGAUGGCUACAAAGGAACAGAACUUGUCCAAGCUCUUCACACAGCUACAGGUGUGUGGAGAGGAUGGUGAAUAUAGCAAGGGACUCAAAUUGACGGAAACCAUUCUCUCGCUAGCUCCCGAGGAUUCUGAUGCUCUCCACUUUAGAGUAUCGUGUUUAAUUCAUCUCUCCAAGUUCAGUGAUGCCUUGCAGCUCCUCCGGCAACUCAAGGAUGUUGAUUUUGAGAAGGCGUAUUGUUUGUAUCGACUGGAUAGACUGACAGAGAGUCAUGACCUCCUCCUCACUCUCCCCUCUAGUGUGUGUGUGAGGGAUCUCAGAGCUCAGAUACUCUACAAGCAAGGAGACUAUUCUGAAGCAGCUGCACUGUACAACACGUUGUGCCAGGAGGUGGGUGAUGAUUUCAGUAGUGAUCGUGACUCUAAUCGUCUAGCUGCCAUGGUUACGGGUGGUGUACCCAAUGGAGUGAGUCCUAACACAAUGGAACAAUACUUUAAUUUGGCCUGUUGUUUGUUGGAGUGUGGUUGCUAUGACGAAGCGUAUGAUAGCUUGCACAAGUGUGAGGGUGUGGGAAGGAGCUCUCUAGCAGAGGAGGGAUGUUCUGAGGAGGAGAUUACAGAAGAGCUGUGUGUAGUGAGUGUACAACAAGGUUACGCUCUGCAGAUGUUAGGGAGGUAUAAAGAAGCUUUAGACCAUUACAGCAUUGUCCUCAAGACAAGACCUACUGACGUGUCUCAAACUGUGGUAGCCUCCAACAACAUCAUUGCCCUCAGACGUGAUAAAGAUGUGUUCGAUUCUAAAAAGAAGAUGAAAGUGUUAGUCGCUGAAGGAUCUUCAAAACGACUCACUCAAAACCAAAAGUUGAGUAUUCUUUACAAUCGAGCUUUGUUUGCACUUGGAACUAACCAACUAGACGCUUGCCAUGAUCUGAUUGGUCAACUCGAGUCCACAUCUCCCGACAGCCCCUUAACCACACUAGCUAGAGCAGCACUGUGUGCAAGAAGGGGGCGUGGUCAAGAGGGUAUUAAUGUGUUGCGACAACACAAGUCCCCUGGUGUGAAUGUCAGUCUCUCCUUGGCUCAGCUCUACUUGAAUGAUGGACAACCACACAGAGCUCUGGAAGUUAUCACUGCAAUGCCACAACUAUCAAGGCAUAUUGGACUAGUGUCUGGAGCUGUGGGUCUAGCCUCAUCUCUUGGACACACAGACACAGCUAAUGGGUUAUUGGACAAAGCCUUGAGUGUCUGGAGAGAAGUAGGAGGACCCACUCUACACCAGCUCAUGUUAGAAGCAGCUACCUACAAACUAACCCACUCUCUUCCGUCAGAAGCAGCCAAAGUACUGGAGGAGCUCCACUCAUUGAAACCUCAUGACAUCAAGGUGACUGCUCUUCUCAUCUCUGCCUACUCUCGGUACAGUCCUAAACUAGCAGAGGAUUUGAGUGCAUCUCUAGGACCCUCAACCAUCACUACUCCAGUGGACGUGGACAAUCUCGAGCACAUGCCUAGUUUCAGACAUUCAAGACGUGCGGUAGUCAAGGAAACCAACAACAACAGCAAAGCUCCUCUCAUCAAGACACCACGCAAGAAGAAGCGCAAACCAAGACUCCCCACAACCUUUGACCCCAACUCCCCUAUUGACAAGGAAAGAUGGCUGCCAUUGAGAGAGAGGUCAUAUUUCCGGAGAGGCAAGAAGAAAGGUUUCAUAGGUUCAGGCCGUGGUUCACAAGGAGUCACUACUGCCAGUGCUUCACUAAUGGCCGCCCUCGAUGCUAACAAACCAAAGCCCUCCACUGAUACAGGUGCUGAGUCAGCAAGUCCCAAAGUGAAACCAACUCCUAUAUCAAUGAAAAAGAAGCCAAAGAAAAAGAAGUCCAAGUGGUGACUAAAAACUUAUAGUGAAGUAAUGACAAUUAAUUAGUGAAUCAGUGAACAGUCAAUCAAUAUAAUUAUUAUGGUUCUAAUAUUAACAACAAGCAUUAUUUUUGUUUGUUUGUGACGAUGGUUGUUCUUUGUCUAUCACAAUUGGAUCUGUAUUAA